AUGAUUUUGCAGACGAAUCAUGCGUCAAGUCUAACAGUUACAAAUGGUAAUGGUUCGACAUUUAUAACAAGUACACCAUCUGAGUUACGUACGCGAGGGUCAAUUACAUCCGAUUUUGAUACAUCAUCUAUAUUAGACAGCGUCUCGUUAAAUAAUAUGUCAAUGAAUAAUGAUUCACAUGAUUCUUCACAUCUCGAGCUGAAUACUGGUGAGAAGAAAGAUCAUUCAGCUGUUAUUUCUACAAUUGUUCCUACACCUACACCAUCAGAAGAAAAACCACUUAAAAAGAAAGAAAAAAGACCUCAUUUGUCCACAAAACAUUCACCACCACCCGAUCCAAUUCCAUCUAUUUCUAUUCCAAGUAAUAAAAUAAUAGUAACAACAGCUCACUCUCCCACAUCACCCACAUCUCCAGUCUACAAUAGUCGAAGUUUUUCGGUCACUGGUGACGAUAUCGAAGCAGCAUUUGACGCUAUCGCUACAUACAAAUCUGAACAUCAACCUACUUCAACGUCGGAGAUGUUUCAUUCUACGUAUCAUAACAACCAUGAUUAUGAGAUAGCCACACCUGAUGCUAUAUUCGGUUUGUCAUCAAUACCAGAAGAUCAUGAUGAAAUACGUUCAUCUAUAUAUGAUACAAAAAUAAUAGCAGACGAACCUUCAACCAACACGAAUCCCGAUGAUGUAAUCGAAGAAAUUGAUUUCGAUCGUUAUUUUAAACAGAAACAACAUUCGAUAGCACCGAACAAAAUACAAAACGAAACACUGUCGAAAAAACAAGAAAAACAAGAAAGUUCAAAACGAAAAGGAGCCGCACCACGUAAAGAAGAACCUUUGACUGUUACAUCGUUACCACCAAAGUCUGUCCGUGCAGUACCCGAAGAAAAAGUCGCUGUGAAAGAAGCACAAAAAACUUCAACAAAUAUUUCUGCAGAAGGAGUUGUGAAAAGACCAGCUCCUGUCAAAGAAGUUCAACAACAAGCACAGAUAAAAAUUGAACAAUCAUCACCAAAACUAUCACACAAUAACACCGAUUCCAUUGAAGAUGAUGAUGAGGAAGAUGAUCAUUCAGUAGAUGAUGAUGUCAAUGAAAUUGUGUCUAAAUUAGAGAGAAUGUCGAGUAUGCGUUCAUCAGUGAAACGAAAAGUACAGCCCAAAGAAGAUAUUAUGCAACAAAGUAUUGAGACUUCUGCUAUAUUACCGUUAUUAAAUGAUAAUCGUCCUUCUCAUUUAAUUUAUUCAAAUCGAUAUGAUAAUAAUAAUAAUAAUAAUAUCGAUCAAUUUAAUGAUGAUGACAUUCCGACACCAAAUGCGGAUGUCAUUAUUAUCGAUGGUCCGAUGAAGUACAGUGAUCAAAUACCAUCAUCAUCUUCGGCGUUUCGUAAUAAUCAAGAUAAAUCGGGUCGUACAGGAUUACCCGAUAUUGUUAUUGAACAAAAUUCACGUCAAACACAAAAUCAAACACAACAACAACCAGUGAAAAAAGGUGGUCUAAAUGUGUUAGGUUAUAAUAAUGUGAAUUCAGCGAUUAUACAACCUAAAAUAAGAAAGGAAUUAGAAUAUCUCGAUCGUGAAGAAUUAUUACAUCUAAUAUCCCAUCAAAAUGAUUUAGUAAAAAAGAAAGAAAAUCGUCUAAAAGAUUUAGAAGGAUAUGUUGACGGUUUACUUAUGAAAAUACUAGAACAAUGUCCAACAAUACUUCAAGUAGGAGCACAAUAUUGA